CACUGUUUUGACUUUGACUUUCCUUUAAAAAUGGCCAACGGUCAUCAAAACAUCGAUGUCUAGAAGUCUACAUCGAUGUUGGGGUGAUUGACUUUUAAAAAUGAAAAGAUUUGGUCAUGAAUAGCCCAACGGUUGUUUGAAAACAUUGAUGCCCAAAAACCUACUGCAAAGAAUUGAGAAUGCCAACAUCGUUGUUGAGAAUUCCAACAUCCCUGUUGGGCUGGUUCGCCAGAACCAUGAGAGUACCAGAUCUGAUCAGGAUAUAUUAGAUGGAAUGGAGAAGAAGGAAGAGGACAAUACUGGGAAACAGAAACCACCAACAUACGCAGAGGUGUUGGGAUUGAAUGAGGCAUGGUACCCAGGAGCCCAACUGAAUCUGAAGGAACUGAGUGAUGAUCCAAUAUGGGUACAAUUCCCUGGAUUGGAUGUUAAAUUCUGGAGUUUCACAGGGUUGGGUAAGCUAGGCAGUAUCCUGGGCAAACCCAUAAAAAGGGAUAAAGCAACUGCAUCAAGAAGGAAAUGGGAUUAUGCAAGAAUUCAAAUAGAAGUGCAAGUACAGCAAGACUUUCCAGAUAGAAUCCAGGUUGUGGAUAAUGAGGGAAGGGUUGUGGACCAAACUGUGAUAUAUGAAUGGAAGCCAACCAUCUGCUCAAAGUGUUGUAAAUUGGGCCAUACCGGGGAGCUUUGCAGGAGGAAGGAAGAUAGAGUGGAAAAACCUAUCCUAAAGAAAGUAUGGAGGCCAAAAGCUAAAGAGAUUGAGAACAAAGAAGAACUAAGGCAAAGACAAGAAACAAUAAAUGAAGAAGCAACCCCUAAUAAUAAUAAUAGGGAGAAAGAUGAAAUCAAACAAACUUGGAUAACAGAAGGGGACAAAAACUCUAAAUUGUUCUAUGCUUGGGCAAAGAAAAGGCAACUGAACAACUACAUUAUGAGUAUUCAAGAUAAUGGGAGAGAAGUGGAAGGUACUGAUGAUAUUGCUAGGGUACUGGGGUGUUUCUACAGGAAAAAUCUAGGUACCAUUGCCCCUACAGGAGAUAUAAACUGGAAGGUGUUUGAAAAAGGAAAGGUGCUCACAGUGGAACAACAACUAGGACUGAUCAAGGAUUUCCAUUCAGAUCAGGUGAGGCAAGCUAUGUUUUCAAUCCCCAGCUCUAAGAGCCCUGGUCCAGAUGGUUUUAACAGUGAGUUUUACAAGAAGAACUGGAAUAUAGUUGGUGGGCUUAUCACAAAAGCAAUUUUGGAUUUCUUUAGAGAUGUAAUGGAAUACCUUACUAGAAGCUUCUGUCUCGCAGCACAAGAAGAGAUAUUCCACUAUCAUCCCAUGUGUGCAAGGUUGAAUAUUAUCAACCUGUCAUUUGCUGAUGAUCUUGUAGUGGUUUGCAGGGCAGAUGGCCAAUCUAUUGGAUGCAUUAUGAGAGUCCUAGAGAAAUUUCAAUCCACUACUAGACUAAAAGUCAACAGGAGCAAGUCAGAAGUGAUAUUUGGGGGAAUUAGUCUAGCUGAGGAGAAGGAAAUACUAACCAUGCUUAACAUGAAGCUAUGUAAGUUCCCUCCUACUUACCUAGGCUCUCCUAUUACCACUGCCAGACUUAGACCUCAUGAAUGUGAUGGUUUGAUCAACAAGCUCACUACUAGAAUAACUUUUUGGGGGAACCAGACAUUUCUCAUACAUGGCUAGAGUUAGACUUAUUAAUUCAGUUUUGAUGGGAGUAGUCACUUUCUGGUCUAGGAUUUUCAUUUUCCCUAAAGGGAUUAUGAAAAAGAUUAUGGCCAUAUGUAGAAACGUUUUAUGGACUGGAACAACUGCAUACCAUAAGACACCACUGGUCCAGUGGGAUGAAAUUUGCCAACAAAAAGAGUAUGGGGGUUUUGGGAUCAGAAAUAUUCUGAACUAGAACACAGCAGAAAUUAUGAAGCUCAACUGGGAUAUGGCUAAUAAAAAGGACAUAAUCUGGGUCAAGUGGAUCCACGCUAGAUAUAUUAAAGGUGGAGAUUUCUGGAACUACAAACCAAAACAAGAUGCUUGCUAUUACUGGAGAGAAAUGAUAAGGGUGAGGGACAAAUUCAAUGCCAUGCCAAACCAGCAACUGUAUACCAUUAAGGCAGGUUAUAAAUUGCUACAAAGAGAUAAGAUGAAGCCUGAAUGGAGGCAUUGGGUAUGGAAUAAUUUGACACCUCCAAAAUUCAGGUUUAUGGGAUGGCUGUUCUGGAAAAGGAAGAUACAAACGAAAGAAAGGAUGGCUAGAUUCCUGGAUAUAAGUGUAGAGUGUGAGUUGUGUGGUAACGCAACUGAAACCCAAGAUCACCUCUUCUUGGAGUGUGAAAGAGUAAAACAUCAUGGAAAUGUUUAAUAUAAAGCUUAGACUCGGGA